AUGUUUUUGAUCAUUUUAUUUUUUUUGUCUACGUUCUUCUCUGUCUUUAUCUCUCUUUGUCUCUUAUUAUCUCUCUCUCUCUCUUUAAGUUUGUCUGUCUUUCUAUCUCUCUCUAUUUCUAUCGCCCUGUCUCUUUCUUCUAUCUGUUUGACUCUUACUCUAUAUCUGUCUGUUUGUCUUUCCCUCUCUCCCCCUCUCUCUCCCUCCCUCCCUCUCUCUUUCUCUCUCUCUCUCUCUCUCUCUCUUUCCGUGUCUCAUUCUGUCUCUCUCUCUCUAAAAAAAAAAAAUUUGAUUUUUCUUUCUUUCUCUAAAUAUCUGGUCUUUUAUUUCCUACCAUAUUUGUUUCAUCGUUUUUUUUUUCUUCUUCUUCUUUUACCUCUUUCAUCGUCUGAUGUUACCUUUCUUUCUUUCUUAAUUUAUGCUUCCUCCUCCUCCAUCACCUCUUUCUCCUCCUCCUCCUUCUUCUUCUUCUUCUUCUUCUUCUUCUUCUUCUUCUUCUUCUUCUUCUCUCGCUACUGUUUUCUUUCCUUUUCGCUUUCUUUAUUUUUCUUCCACAUUGACAUCUACUCACUUUAA